AUGAAGUUUUCUGGUGCUUUUAUCGGUUCUCUGGCGCUAGGAGGUGCUUUUGGCUCGCUGGUGGCUCGCGAGGACCUUCCGGAGCUGGUGUCGGUUGUGCCGAUGAAGAGAUACGUCAAGUUCGACUUUGGCAAACUGAGAGGUGAUUCCGCAGAAACAGCCCAAUUGGGGGCCACUGGGUCUGCCAACAUCUUCAAGAGAAAUGAUGGAACAGCUCUAGUGUAUUUGAAAAACGAACAAACGUUUUACUCGGUGGAGAUUGGUGUUGGAACUCCAGCCCAAAAUCAAACCCUGCUGAUCGACACAGGGUCUUCGGAUCUGUGGGUAAUGGGCUCCAAUAAUCCGUACUGUGCUGGGUCUUCCAGCUCCUCUUCCAAGAAAAAUGCCAAUCUAGAAAAUAAAGACCUGUUCAGCUGGUUUUCAUCUUUGACAGCCGACUUUACCACGACCGAUAUUGUGUCGGCUACCGAUACUCCUACCAGCACUUCUGUUCCUUCUGGUGAUGCCACGUUGUCGUGCUCCCAGUGGGGUACCUUUGCCACGAGUUCAUCUUCGACCUUCAAAUCCAAUGACACAGAGUUCUAUAUUUCUUACGGUGACGGUACUUACGCGUUGGGAACGUGGGGUUCCGACAGGAUCACCCUCCAAGACAUCGAAAUACCUAGGGUGAACUUCGGUGUAGCAAACGAAAGUACUUCGGAGUUUGGCGUCUUGGGCCUCGGUAUGGAGGAACUCGAAUCUACCAAUACCUUAUCCACUUCCGGUGACCAAUACACCUACAUCAACUUCCCAUCUGCGCUAAAGCUACAGGGUGAUAUCCAUACAAGAGCAUUCUCGCUGUUUUUAGACGAGUUGGACGCAUCCCACGGCUCCAUCUUAUUUGGUGCCGUGGACCACAGCAAAUACAGCGGUAACCUCUAUACCGUUCCCAUUAUCAACACAUAUAAAAGCCAGGGCUAUGCUAACCCUAUACGUUUCGAAGUUACCUUGCAAGGUCUCGGUUUGAUAGUCAACGAAACUGGGACAACGAUCACAACCACCAAGAUUCCAGUCGUUCUCGACUCUGGGUCCACAUUAAGUUACUUGCCUUCUUCGUUGGUGAGUGCAGUGGCAAGCAACCUCGAUGCUACUUAUAGCUCAUCUAGUGGACUGUAUUUCUUCGACUGUUCCGAGAUUUCUGACGAGGACUCGUUUGUGUUCGACUUUGGCGGUUUCCAAAUUAGUAGUUCAUUGAAAAACUACGUUCUCGAAACGAGCAGUGGGAGUCAAUGUGCCCUAGGAAUGGUUCCACAGUCGUCGGGUAGCUUCAUUUUGGGUGAUAACUUUUUGACAGCUGCCUACGUGGUGUUUGACAUUGACAAUAUGCAGAUUUCCAUGGCGCAGGCAAAUUACGACGGCGGAGAUGAAGAUGUAGAGGUGAUCUCUAGCACAGUGCCGGGGGCAACAAGUGCACCUAUGUAUUCGUCGACUUUUUCGUCUUCAGCGUCGAUCACCACAGGAGGGAAUAUCUUUACGUUGUCUUCGGGAGCCUAUGCCACCACAAAAUCAAAUUCUAAUAGCACAAUCACUUCUAUCCGGGGUUCUAACAGUGGAUCUAACUCUGCCUCUAGCUCUGCUACUUCCUCGGGUGCCAAAGCUAAUGGCGCUGCUGCUGUCAUGGACUCGGAAUCCAGUAUUUUUGGAUUCCUCACAGUGUUUGGGAUCAGUCUCCUUGCAGGUUUGUUAUGA